AUGUCAUCUCAAUUUUGGCGUAAAAAUCUGCAAAAUUGUAUUUCAAUACUUAACGUUCAUAAAGAAGCAUUAAGCAAAAAAAAAAAUUUCUUAUAUACAAAAAAACAUGGAUUUUAUUUGGAUUUUUAUCGAUUUUUUAAGUCAAAAACAUAUCAUUAUCAAGAAACAAAUUUGUCAAAUAUACCAGAUUCAAAAGUUAAAAACAAUUAUUUAUGCUUAAUGAGAUGUGUUGUUCAACCAGUUGUUAUUAUUACAACAUGUGAUUCCAAGACCAAUGGAUUAGGUCGUGCUAUAACUGUCUCGUCAUUUGCAUCAAUUUCUAUAAAUCCUACACCUAUAGUCUCUUUUAGCAUUAAAUUUCCAUCACGAAUGGUUUCUCUUCUUCAAAAGUCAAAAAAAUUUGCUAUACAUAUAUUAAAGUCACAUUAUGAUCAAAUAAAACUUGCACAGAAUUAUGCAAAAUCUGAUUUUUUAUCUAAAAAAAAUACUAUGUCAAACAUUUUAGAAACUCAUUAUCGUUUAUCCUUAAACGGACUUCCAACUUUAACUGGAACUCUUGGAAUUCUUUAUUGUACUACAAAAAAGAUAAUAAGAAUAGGAGACCAUAAAAUAUGGUUUGCAACAGUUGAAUGUGUAGAAAACCAAGAUACAUUACACCAAAUGUCUUUAUCAUAUUGUCAAGGAAAUUUCAGAAUAAAUAGAAAUUAA